AUGAUCUACUCGUUGUCGCAAUAUGGUUCAUAUCAAAAACGAUUUCAACAUGACAAUGAAAAUGAAGUCGUCGUCAGCUCUUUUCCAAAGUCACUCAAAUACAUGGCCCACAUAGGAAAGUCUAUGCAUUUGGUGGAUGACAAGUACGGAGUAAUGGAGUAA